AUGUCCACCGCUCUCAGAGGCUGGCACCCGGGCGAAGUCAACAUCCAACGCAAGCUUUCGUUUGACAGUCUGAUGGCGAUGGCCUGGUCGUGGAUAUCUGCCGAUAUGCCAGAGGAGCAUCGCAUGUUCUACACUCGACACCUCCCAUUUGUCCCGGUUACGACACUCGACGCCCGUGGGCGUCCGUGGGGAAGCAUCCUUGCGAGCAAGAACGGCACACCGGGAUUCAUGCACAGCCCGAUGGAGACGGUGCUCCAGAUCGAGGCCCAGACUUGGGAGGGUGAUCCGUGGACGGACAAUCUGGGAAACUGGUUGGAAGGGGAAAAGGGCAAGUUUUUGUUGGCGGGAAUUGGUAUUGAAUUCGGUACGCGGAGAAGGAACAAGUUUGCUGGUUGGAUGACGGAUGUUCGGGAGAAUGGGGAGAAGGGGUAUUCCCUCAGCCUUGAAGUUAAUCAGGCCAUCGGAAAUUGCCCAAAAUACAUCAAUAUUCGAGACUUGGUGCCGUACCCGGACACUCACCCUAAGGUCGUCUACCGGAAACUUCAUCUCAACGAUGGCGAGCGUCUUUCGGAGGAUAUCAUCUCCUUUAUCAAAGAGGCUGACACUGUCUUCCUCGCGACGUCCUACACAGCGAAGCAGGAGAACGCGGUACGGUUUCCUUCGCAUGUUGGUAUGAAUCAACGUGGCGGUCGCGCUGGUUUUGUGCGUGUCAAGCCUUCAGAUGGCCGCACAGUCGUACUGCCCGAUUACUCAGGUAUUCGCAACCGCCUCCUAACGUCCCUCGGGAAUAUUGAGGCUACGCCGCUCGCUGGUCUCACCAUACCCUCCUUCAGCACAGGCACGCUCCUCUAUCUCACUGGAGACGCCACGAACCUUGUCGGCGACGACGCGCGCGCGCUAAUGCCGCGUCAGAGUGUUCUCACGACCAUCCGCGUCACAGGCUACACGCUUGUGCGCGACGCGCUUCCCGUCCGACAGCGCCCUGGGAGCAGCCCCGUGCGCAGCCCAUACAGUCCGCCCAUCAAGCAUCUGCGCGAGGAGCAAGCGCCUGGCACGCGCCUGAUAGAGGGCACGGAGCUCACCGCGGUAAUGCGCAAGAUCGAGCUCCAUAGCGACUCCAUCGCGACGUUCACCUGGGAUGUCAACGGCCCGGCUGUCGAGAUCGCACCGGGACAGACAGUGAUCCUCGGGUUCGCAGACCUCUUUGGCACCCCCGCAUAUCAGCACAUGGCUCCGCACGCACCUGCGUCCGUCAACGACGACCGAGUGCGCACAUGGACCGUCUCCUCCGCACACAAUGGCACCGAGGGCGCAACGUCCUUUGAGUUGACAAUGCGCGUGAAGCCUGGUGGCCUCGUGACUGGUGCCCUGUUCUCGAUAGCGCACAAGCUGCGGGCGGCAAGGCCAGACAUCCUCGCAGACGCUCGCCCUUUGCAACUUUGUGCGACGCUGCUCGGCGUCAGCGGCACAUUUGCUCUGCCCUUAGUUGGCUCCCCUUCCUCUCGUGCGACCUCUGGCGCGCUGCGCUUCCUGUGGAUCGCGGGUGGUAUUGGUGUCACGCCGUUCUUGAGCAUGCUCGCCGCGCUUACGCAGGGGCGCCGUGCGGCCGACGUCGAGCUCGUGCUUGCCACGCAUGAGCCAAGCGUGCUCAUCCCGCUAGUCCUGCGUGCGGCCUAUUCGGACGCUGCUGUAGAGGGUCUUCGUAUCCGAAUUGAUAUCUUUGCGACGCGCGACGUUCCGGUGGAGAAGUCCCCUUCGGUCCCGCCGCAUGUGCAGCUCCGGCUACACGGUGGGAGGAUACCGGGUGCCUUCUGGGCAGAAUCGGUGGAUGUCAAGAAGAAAGACGUGUAUGUAUGUGGCCCGCACGAGUUUGAGGAGACUGUGUUGGAGGGUUUACGGGCUGCAGGGCUUGAUACGAACACGGUGAAGAGGGAGGCGUUUGAGUAUUGAGAUUUGAAGCAUGAGUCGUGUUCGUCACCGAGGUGUGCAGGUCGCUUGGUAAAUUGUCUCAUGUUACUUUGUAUCACUAAAGCCAUGUUCGAGCCAUCAUUGAUGUUGAAUUUAUGCCUGUCUAGAUACAGAUUUUCAAGAUUCCGAGGACGGUUCUUUCCUUUC